GACAGACUGCUUCUUUAAACCAAUCAGAAGACAGACUGCUUCUUUAAACCAAUCAGAGGACAGACUGCUGUGCUUCUUUAAAGUUCACUUCAGCUGGGAUCAUGGACACAAUAGAUCAGCAGCUCAGACUGCUGCAGGAGAACAUGUGGAAGAAGAAGGUGAUCAUCGACACGGACUGCGGCAUCGACGAUGCUCAGGCUAUACUGAUGGCGUUGGCGGCGCCCGACGUCCAGGUGGUCGGCAUCACCUGUGUGUUCGGGAACGCCGCCGUUGACGACGUGUGUCAGAACGUUCUGAGGGUGCUCAACGUCUGUGAGCGGCAGGGGAUUCCAGUGUUUCGGGGUUCUGCCGGUCCUCUCGUUGGAGCCAGUAACCAUUUAAGAGACCACUUUGGAACGGAUGGACUCGGGGAUGUGUAUGAAGACAAAGACCCGCGGUGGAAGCAGAAGAUUCAGAGCGAGCAUGCAGUCAACGCAAUGAUCCGACUGGUGGCUGAAAACCAGCAGCAGGUCUCCUUGGUGGCCCUCGGCCCGCUUACUAAUCUGGCCUUGGCUGUCAGACUGGAUCCAAGUUUUCCCAAAAACCUCAAAGACUUGUACAUUAUGGGAGGCAACAUGGAAGGAAAAGGAAACGUGACGCUGUGUGCAGAGUUUAACUUUGCAAUGGAUCCAGAGUCUGCUUAUAUCGUUCUGGAAGAGUUCCUCUGCCCUACGUACGUGGCAUCGUGGGAGUACGCGUGCAGGAACGCACUGACAUGGGAGUUCUUUGAAGAGCUGAUCAACCAGGACUCUCCUGCUGCACGCUUCAUGAAGAAGAUAACGUCUAAAUGCUGGACUUACUCCAAAGAGACUACGAGGAACAAGAGAGACGUGUACUUCGGAUCCGGCUUCGUCUCUUACGACGCCUACGCCAUGGCGGCGUGUAUCGACGGCGGCGUGGUGACGGAGAGGAUGGAGUGUCCCGUCCGUGUGGAGCUGCAGGGCUCCAUCUGUCGGGGCAUGAUGGCUCUAGAUCGAACCAACGAGCUGAAGAAGAGCCACAGUGUGUUCGUUCUCACUAAGUGUGACCUUGUUAAACUCCGUCAGUUACUCCUGGAGGCUGUUAGGCAGCCUAAGAGCUAAGCAUUUAUAGCAUAUAGUACGUCUGGGGAAGGAGAACAAACACAAGGUGCCACCCUGAAUCAGAUUGUUUUUUUAAAUUCAACAAUAUAAUCAUGUUAUUUCCAACACUUUGUGUCUCUAAGGUGUUAUUGUGGAUGUGUUAGUGGCCCAGCAGAACUGUAUUUAGUAGUAAUGUCAAAGUGCCACCAGAUGGCAGUAAGUACAUCUGAGGAACGAGCAGUUCACUGAAUUCUCCACAACCCCUUCCUGCAUAUGUUUCACAAUAAAAGCCUUGAUUAAAAAAAAUGAUGGUCCACUGAGAAGCUACAGGGCUUUUAAUUUGAAAUGGACUACGGAUGUAUUUAGUUCGUACAGUAUAAUACCAUAACAGACAUUUAACAAGUUUUGGUUGAAGUGACUCUUCCCAAGGAAUAUAAUUCAUAUGGUCCAUUUCAUAAAAAGAGAAAAAAAAGUUUAAAUAUGCAUAAAAAAGUCAUAGUAUAGUAUGUCGAAAAAUUACGUG